GGCCCGACUUCAGGCAGCCUCGCUCGGCGUGGACGCAGCGCGCGCGAGCCCCGCGUGGAGAGGGGGAGCGGGCGGUGCGUCCUUUAAAAGAAGGAACACCUCUCGGGCCCUCCUCGGCGGCGAGGGGAUGGCUUUGAGAGUCUUUCCUAAAAGAGGAAGCAAUACUGUGCCUGCGAUACCAAACGCCCUGAUUCGAGCGUGGCAGUUAGGAAUCCCGCGCGGUUUUCUAACGCAGGGGCUGGGGGCGGGGCAGGGUAUACGGGGAGGGGAGGAAACGCGGGAGAACGGCUCCCGCGCGGCACCCACGGUGGGGAGGGGACAGGUGGGAAGGGGCCCCAGGCGCCCCCCUCCCACCGCCCGCUUCCGGCCCCGGCUCCGGGACGAGCCCCGCCGUGGGGCGACUGCAGGGGUGUCACGUUCCCGUGGCGUUCAGGCGAAUGGCGCCUCCUCAGAGACACGUGAGCGGCGCCCCCUGCAAUGGAAAGCCGCCGCGCUCCCGCGGGAGGAGUCAAGGACAGAGUCUGGGGGGCCUCUUCCGCCAGCCCCGGAGGAAGAAAGAGGAGGAGCGGGCCGAUCGCCCGAGGGUGGGGCGGCCUCUGGCUCCGGACGGCUGCGGAGGGAGGGUGGCAGCGAGGGUCGGGCGGCACGGGAGCCGAUGGAGCCCUCGGCGGACAGGCUGGCCACGGCCGCGGCGCGGGGCCGGGUGGAGGAGGUGCGGGCGCUGCUCGAGGCCGGAGUGCCGCCGGACGCGCCGAACCGCUAUGGACGGGCGGCGAUCCAGGUCAUGAUGAUGGGCAGCGCCCGCGUGGCCGAGCUGCUGCUGCUCCACGGCGCCGAGCCCAACUGCGCCGACCCCGCCACCCUCAGCCGACCGGUGCACGACGCCGCCCGGGAGGGCUUCUUGGACACGCUGGUGGCGCUGCACCGGGCCGGGGCGCGGCUGGACGUGCGCGACGCCGGGGGCCGCCUGCCCGUGGACCUGGCUGAGGAGCGGGGCCACCGCGACGUCGCUCGGUACCUGCGCGCCGCCGCGGUGGCCACCGAAGGCGGUAACCACAACGGCGCAAGGGCCGCAGAAGGUCCGGCAGACACUCCGGACUCAAACGAUCUUUGAGACUUCGCGACGCUGAGAAGUCCAGCAGGAAGCUGGAACAGCGCUAUAACCACCCCCACCUCACGUAGUUCUUCCCUGCUUUCUUAGCUCCAACUUUUUAAAAACGCUUUUUUAAAAAAAAAAAAAAGUCAAAUGCAUUUUUACACCAAUCUGCCUUUCCUGACCCUCAUUUAUAUGUCGGCAUAAACUGUUUUCAAAAACACCA